AUGGUCUCAAACAAUCGCCCUCUCACAAGAAGGGGUAUCUUAUCUACAGUCAGUUCAAUAUACGAUCCUCUUGGUUUUUUAUCUCCAGUGGCUUUAUCCGGAAAGCAAAUUCUGCAGCAGAUGUGUGCAGACCAGGUGGGUUGGGAUGACCCCUUACCAGAAAGUCUAAAUGGCAAGUGGGUGAAGUGGUGCGCUGACCUGAAGAAUCUUCCUCUUUUGAAGUUUCCAAGAUGUGUUAAGCCUGAAGGUUUUGGCAAAAUUAGAAAUACUGAGAUGCAUCAUUUUUCCGAUGCAAGUAGCUAUGGGUAUGGGCAGUGCUCCUAUAUUCGUUUGGUGACUGAUGUUGGCCAGGUGCAUUGUGCGUUAUUAAUGGGCAAAUCUCGUGUUGUACCUUUAAGACCCAUCACAUUACCACAUCUUGAAUUGACAGCAGCUGUGUUGUCAGUUAAAAUUUCCUCGCUUUUGGAUCAAGAACUUGAGUACCCAAACCUUAAACACUUUUUCUGGACCGAUAGUAAGGUUGUACUGGGAUAUAUUUGCAACGAAGCAAGGAGAUUUCAUAUAUUCGUCGCUAACAGAGUUCAGCAAAUCAAAGAGCAUACAAACCCUAACCAAUGGAAUUAUGUUGCCUCUGGUGAAAAUCCUGCAGAUUUGGCUUCUCGAGGUGCAUCUGUAGCAGAGCUAGCUAAGACCCCUAUGUGGCUCAAUGGUCCAGAAUUUCUCUGGAAGCAGGAUGCAAUUUCAGCAAAUAUCAGUGCACAGUUUUCAGUAUGUCCUGAUGACCCAGAGUUAAAACAUGUUCAGGCAUUUUUGUCAAAUGCAAAACCACCCUGCUUCAGUUCGUUGUUGGAACGGCUUGAGUACUUCUCUGAUUGGCACAGGUGUAAACGAGCGGUAGCAUUGGUGCUUAGGUACAAGGGAAAAUUGUUGCAAAAAUCAGGGAAGUUGCAAACUACUGGUGUGGAGAAACGUUCAUUACAUUAUAGUCCCAUUACUGUAAAUGAACUACAGAAGGCCGAGACUGAAAUCUUUAAGGCUGUCCAGUUGUAUGAUUUCAAGGGUGAGAUUGAUACACUUAAGACUCAUAAUAUAGUUAGAGUUUCUAAUGACAGGGCAGAACAGUCAUUAAGAACUAAGUCCCUAAAGGGAAGGUCAAACCUGUGUUCCUUAGAUCCGUUCCUUGACAAAAAUGGCUUAAUUCGUGUAGGUGGUCGUGUUCAACAUGCCGAAAUGUCAGAUCUGGUGAAGUUUCCAGUUGUACUUCCUAGAAAGGGUCAUAUAACAGAGCUUGUUAUACGGCAUUAUCAUGACAAGGUUCAACAUCAGGGUCGCGGAAUGACCACAAAUGUUAUUCGGAAUAAUGGACUCUGGAUUAUUGGUUGUAAUUCGGCAGUUUCUCAUGUGAUUUUGAAAUGUGUUGUUUGUCAUAGGUUACGGUGUUCCUUUGAAGGUCAAAAAAUGGCCGACUUGCCAUCUGACCGUCUAGAACCAUCUCCCCCAUUCACGUAUUGCGCAGUAGACUAUUUUGGUCCAUUUUAUGUUAAGGAAGGGCGAAAGGAAAUGAAGCGCUAUGGGGUUCUGUUCACUUGUCUAACUUGCAGGGCAGUUCACGUUGAAACGGCUACGUCCUUAGAAACUGAUUCAUUCAUAAACUGUUUAAGACGGUUCAUUGCAAUUAGGGGUCCGAUUCGUCAGCUUCGUUCUGACAGAGGCACUAACUUUAUAGGUGCUGAAAAUGAAUUAAAGAGCUCACUUGCAGAAUUACUAGUAGAUAACGACCAAAUAAAACAGUUCUUAUUAAGGGAAGGUUGUGAUUGGUUCGAAUGGAAAAUGAAUGUCCCUGCUGCUAGCCACAUGGGAGGCGUGUGGGAGCGUCAGAUUCGUUCUGUAAGAAGUGUCCUAGCCACGCUGUUACAUACACAUGGCAAUUCGUUAGAUGAUGACAGCUUAAGAACAUUUUUGUACGAGGCUGCAUCGAUAGUCAAUAGUCGUCCGCUCACUGUCGCAAAUGUAAAUGACCCAUUAUCUGUCACACCAUUGACGCCCAAUCAUUUGCUCACUAUGAAAACUAGUAUUAUUCUUCCUCCACCAGGUAACUUUCAGACAAAUGAUAUGUAUUGCAAGCGUCGAUGGCGUAGAGUUCAGUUUUUACUGAAUCAGUUCUGGACCAGAUGGAGGAACGAAAAUCUACAAAACUUGCAGGUACGUAAGAAAUGGACAUCUGUAAAAAGAAACCUAUCAAACGGUGAUAUUGUUCUAGUACGUGAUGAUAAUCUAACAAGAAAUAAUUGGAAAAUAGGGCGAGUACAUGAGGUGUUCAAAGACUCAGAUGGACUUGUACGUAAGGUAAGACUUGCUUUGGGUACGGCGUGUUUGGACAAAACUGGUAAGCGCAAUAAUCCUAUUGUGUAUAUGGAAAGACCAGUCCACAAGUUAGUGUUGUUGAAGGAAACCGAGGAGAUCCCCGUCCAGGAGCCUUGUUAA